GGAGAAGAGACUAGUCAAGACUGCUCCCCACCAGAAUUCCACCCAGUUGGAGCAACAAUGACUUCCCAUGUGAAACUCCGGAAGGAGAGGGUCGGUAUGGUGGACUACGACACUCAAAUCAAAGAGGUGCGUAGCCAGCUUGUAGAUCAGUUGAAGGUGUUAGACUUGCAACUUGAGCAGAAGAGCCAGCAGCUGCAGGAUCUGACAGAUUACCUGCGUCGGCGGGGUGAGAUUGAAAGCGAGUAUGCCCGCUCCCUUGAAAAACUCGCUGAAAGGUUCACUUCCAGGAUCAAGAGGAAGGAGCCCAGUAGUCACUCAGUGUCCCAGGUCUGGCUGGCUCUGCUGUCCCAGACCCGCCAAGAAAGUAGGGACCACAGUGGACUGAGCGAGCGCUGCAGCAACUUCCUCAUCCAGCCCCUCACACACUGCCUGGAGUACACACAGCGCCUUGCCAAGAAGAGUAAAGACAUCUGUACUCAGCUACAAGAUGGACUGCUCAAGGUUACCACAGAGCUUCAGACUGCAUGGCGGACGUACUUCCAAUACCACUCGGACUACGUGUGUGCAGAGGGGAAGCUGAAGGAGGCGGAGGAAAAGCAGAAGCAGAGUGCUGCUAAGAAGCUGGAGAGGUUGAUAGAAAAAAGACAAGGUAAAGUCCAAGACAUCGACUUGAAGUGCAGCAAGGCCCGAAACGAUUACCUCCUAAACUUGGCUGCCGCCAAUGCCUCCAUGAAUAAGUACUACCUCAAAGACAUCUCGACUCUCAUAGAUUGUGCAGAUGUAGGGUACCACCUCUCUUUAGGUCGGGUGAUGCAAGCGUACCUGUCCAGUCGGUGGCGGACCCAGGAGAACCUGAGCACGGGGCUGCAGCAGCUCCAAGGCACCGUGUCCGGACUGGACCAGAGCCAUGACAGAGACACCCUCCUAAAGGACCAUUAUAACACCUUCUGUAUGCCCCUUCGCUUCCCCUAUCAGCCCCAUGAUGGAGACCAGGUUUCUGAGGUGAGCGCAGAGGGUGAGAUGAGGUGCGAGCUGGAGACCAGAUUCAAACAGAUACAAACCAGACUUAAAGCUGUUACACACGAAACAGAGGAGGCUAGUAAGAGCAUGUUGGCGUCCCAGUGUUCCCUGCUGGAGAGUAUCGGAGAUAAUGAUCUGGAGCUCGGCAGUGCGUCAUCUCAGCAGGGCAGCACAGAGAACCUGACAGUCAAGCCCAGCGUGGCCCGUCGCAGGGCCAACGUCCAGGAAAUAGAAAACCUCUACUUCACUAAGGUAAAAGAGCAACUCAUAGGCAGCUCCCUGGUAUCUAAACUGCAAGCAAAACACGACCAGCUGAAAGGGGCUGUCGAAAAAGCAGAAGCAUCAAAUGGACAUCAGCCUAGACAUAAUGGAAAGUCAAUGCGUGUCAGGAAAAAUCACUCAAGUGCCAGUUUGAUGCACAACCACAAACUUUUCAGUGGAGACAUGCUGUCCUUCAUACAGGCAUCACGACAACAGAUUCCAAUUGUUGUGGAAAGUUGCAUUUGCUUUAUCAACCUUAACGGUCUCCACCAUGAAGGGAUAUUUAGAGUUCCGGGGUCUCAGAUGGAGGUCAACAACCUGAGGGAUGCAUUUGAGCGAGGAGAGGACCCCCUGGCUGAGGGGAGAUAUGACCUGGACUCUGUUGCUGGAGUGCUGAAGCUCUACUUCAGAAGUCUGGAGAAUCCCCUCUUCCCCAUCGACAGCACCAGCCAACUCCUGGAGCAUGUCCAAAUAAUGAACGAGGCAGAGAGAGCAGCUCAGCUCAAAAUGGUCAUCUCUUCCUACCCUGAGCCCGUCAUCAUCGUCAUGAGAUACCUCUUUGCAUUCCUUCAACAUGUGUCUCAGUACAGUGACGAGAACAUGAUGCAGCCUUACAACCUGGCUGUGUGUUUUGGCCCCAGCCUGGUAAGGGGGGCUGACGAUGACGACGUCGUCACCCUGCAGCCUCAGAUCAACGCCCUGGUGAAGAGCAUCAUCCUCCAGCACGAAAGCAUCUUCCCCAGUCAGAGCGAAGUACAAGGACCGGUGUACGAGAAAUGCAUGACUCUGGAACAGGAUGACUGUGAGCCUAUCAUUGACGAAGGAGAUGUAGAAGCGGAGUACAAAGAUGAGUUGCAAGCAGGAUCCUCAGCUGACUUCAACACCAGCUCGUCUGCAGCAUCAACGCAGAGAGAAGCAGAACGUCCAAGAGCCAACAGCAGCGGUUCAAUUGACCAAAGCAGGUUGACAGCUGGACUCGUUACUUCAAGUGGAAAGUUAAUGCUCCAGAUACCCGUUGGACCACAGUGCAAGCCACGGCGAGGCCACUCUCCUGCCUAUGUGCGCCGAGAAUGUCGGGAACGCUCAUCUUGUGAGGAUAUUGUCGUUAAAGUAGACAAGGAGGUUUGUCGCCAGAUGGACUCUGUCUUCAUGGAGCUUCUCUCGCGGCAAGCACUGCAGGAUCCCUCCUCCACCGCCUCCUCUCCCUCUGCCCAAGCUCCCCAAAGGAAAGGGAAGCGGGAUGGACGUAGGUGAAGAGAAGCGGGGCUCUUUAGAGCAGCAGAUCCACUGGAAUGAGAGGACUGGCAUCAGUAGAUGAACUGAAAAGAGAGCGAUUAAACAACUUAAAUGGAGGUGCUCUGACGGUAGCUUUCAGCACAUCUAUUUCUAGAAAAGUAAAACUACUGAACCAUGGUCACUUCUCUGAGGGGCUUGAGAUUGGUCUGGGCUCCCCACUCAGACCUCCGCAUUUAUGUUUCAUACGGCAGAACUCUGCAGUGACUGCAGACCUCCAGUACAAUGUGCAAAGUGUGGAUUACUUGAAAUGCACAGAUGUGUUUGUGUGCAGCUGAAUGUGGUUGGGCAGCUUAUGGCUUUAUGUCUGCAUCUGUGUGUUGAUAUUCAACUGUUUCCACUUUAAAUCAAAUGUGUUUACCAACAUUAGAUGGGCUUGCAUAGUUGCUAAAACUGUGAAUACUGUAGCUGUAAGGAAUUUUGUAUAUAAUUAUUCGUAACUUGUAAAAUACCUAAUUUGUCUGUAUAUCUAGGCUACGUGCCAAAUAAAUAUUUAGUUUAUUUUUAAUGGAAAAUG